AGCAGCUGUAGAUCGAGUCGCGCAAGCGAGAGAAUAGAAGCCGCCCUCGCAGCUGUCGCUGCUGAUGCACACCUGGCUCGGCGGUGUCGAGCGAAAGCAGACGCGCAGCUGCGCGACAGGCCAAGCCGCAACAAAGUGCACAACCUCGGGACACCGCCGCGUCUUCGGCUGUUCGGCCACUCUCGUUCGCGCCCUCGGCCAGAUCAUCUCGCGCGUUCAUCACUCAGUCAAACUGUGCGCGCUCUCGCGGCUUCGGGCAUCAUCGCCGCGACGACCGAGAGCCGCGCGAGAGUAGGCCGAGAGCUCCCUGCUCUCCUCUCCUCGUCGGUCCUCCCUCUCUCCGACUACUGCGAGUAUCGCCGCACCGACAACGCCGAGGACUGCCGAAAUGGAGGAGAGCCAGCGAUCGGAGACGGUCGCCGUGCUGGCGGACAUGUCCGAACAACUGGCGAGUGGGACCGAGGAGCAGAAUAGUAAGCAGCAUCAGCGCCGGGCUCAGCAAGUUGUCGUCGCGACGACGUCUACUGCUGCGGCGGCCGCCGCUGCCGCUGCGGUGCGCGCCGCGGCGACGACGACGGUCACAGCGGCCGCUGCCGUUCACCCGGUCGCUGUAGCCACCAAUGUCGCCGCGGCUGGUCUACCCGUCGGCGUCGGGGUGCCGGUCUCCUUGCCCGUUGGCUCGAUCAUCGGGGCGACACUGGCCGGGAACGGCACCACCUUCAACGUCAUUACCUCCGACCAGCUGCAGCUAUCAACAGCAGGACAAUUCAAACAGAUGCUGUGCGUGGACAACAGUUUCCUUUGCGAAUCAAAGCAGGACAAAAAUGACCCUUUGAGGUGGAACGGAGCUGAAUUGAAAGCUACGCACAUUGUGAUACAGAACAGUUCUAACGAUGGAGAAGGCGAACCUAUACAGGUUGCUUCGGGAGCAUCUAAUUCUUUGGCAGGAUGCAGUUGGUCAGAGUGUGCUAGUCUAGCAGUUUUGCCUAUCAGGUGCAAAAACACAAAUGCAGAACUGCACAAAAAUAGGUUUGGAUCUGGAGGCAGGGGGCGCUGCAUAAAAUUCGAUAACCAAUGGUACACACCCAGCGAGUUCGAAGCCCUGUGUGGGAGAGCAUCUAGUAAGGACUGGAAGAGGAGUAUUCGCUUUGGUGGAAGGAGUCUGCAAACUUUAAUCGACGAAAACAUUCUUAGGCCUCAUGCUACUUCUUGCACCUGCUCAGCUUGCUGCGACGAUGACAGUGCUGCUGGUCCCAUUCGACUGUUCACGCCAUAUAAAAGAAGGCGAAGAACGAGAGAUCAUAUCGAUGGAGAAGGUCCACCUAGAAAACACAAAGGAGAAAGCUCGCGCGACGGAAGUAACGCUGAUGAUAGCGACAGUGAACUUAUAACUGAUAAAGGAUGUUGGUCAUCAUUUGUAGGAACAGACGAGUUAGUAGUACAACAUGCCCCAGAACAAGAAAAUAUAGUUACAAACGUAGUAAACCCAACGGAAAAUGGACACAGUGAAAGCAGAUAUUACAAGCUGGAUGAAUUGUCAAAUAAGCUUAUAAAGAUUGCCAAUGAGUUCAAGAAAGUUGUCGAGGAAUACAAAGCAGAAGAGAGCCGGCAACAAAGAAGGGAUCAAAAUUUAGUGGCACAGUUAAAUGUUAACAGAGCCGAUGUAAUAGAAACUGUUGGUCUGCAACCAGCCUCUGAUAGUAAAAAGUGUGCAAACUGUAACAGAGAUGCCUACGCAGAGUGUUCCCUAUGUCGUCGUACAUCUUAUUGUUCGACCUUCUGUCAGCGAAAGGAUUGGAAUGUUCAUCAGGUCGAGUGUGUGCGAGAUGCAGCCGAAACCGUUAUGCUCAUCGUCGAAAGUAGCGCUGAUACAACAAUAACUGCCGCUCAACAAACGGAGCAAUAGCUACUGUUUUUCAUGUCCAUAAACGAGGAAAAUGCUGUUAAUGUCAAAGAGAGCAAGUAAUUUUCACUUAUGUGCAAAUGAAUUAAGACUGUAAAUAUUAUUCAUAUCGUUGUUAGAGUAAAUUGAAACCUGGUGAAAAAAUAAGCAUUAGAGAAAGCUUUUGAAAUUGUCAGAACCUUUCAUAUAGUGAAUUCACGAAUUUAAGUAUGAUAGAAACAGUCAAGUAUUGGCGUUCCAGAAAUUUUUAAUUUUUUGUUUUUUAUUACUCAAUCAUAUGAUCAUAGACUAAAUCAUGCGUAAGCGACUCUGAUAUAAGUUCUUUACUAUCGCGUCAUUCGUAUUGUAAUUGCAUUUUGGCCCCUUGUCGUACAACAUAGUAUUGUCUUCGAAAUGUGAAGUUUUUUUACCAGGAUCAUAAAGCAAUUUAAAGGCGAUCAAGUAUCAAAAUGUAAAUAUUUGUACAAAUUAGCAAAAUCAAAUGGGCGACGUGUCAAUACAUCAACAAUACGUAUUAUAACUAAACAAUUUCCACUAUUUCUUUUAUUUAGUACAUCGAAUAUUUCAUACGUGAUUCAUUGAGUUGUGAUCAAAAUUUUCUAUCAACCACAUUGUCAUAUCUUUCUUCAAAGACUAUUUUUUUUUUAAGGAAACGUAAACAUGACGUAAAAGUAUUGAAAUCAAACUUCGGCAAAAAUGUUUGAGCGUAAUAACUAAGUAAACUUUUAUAUUUACUUAAUUUAUAAUCGAAAUCAGUAUAUAGCUCUUUACACAAGAAUAUUCAUCGUUUUUAUUUAAUUUGAAAAAGUAUCUGUAAAGUCAAAAACGUCAUUAUGACAGUUUAUGAAAUAUUUAAAUUACAGAAAAUUAGAAUAAGUUGUACAUUUUGAUUUUAAAUUAUUUAAUCCACUAGUGAUUGUGUGUAUACUUAUCAAGAGAAUGAUUAAAAUCUUCUUUUAAGAAUCAACUCUAAAAUAUUAAACAUAGCAGCAUAAUGCUCUGAUGUAAAUAUAAA